AUGCUGGCUGUGGUUUUCGGCCUAACCAAGUUCCGACAAUAUGCCCUUGGUCGCACCGUAGACGUUUUGACUGAUCACAAGCCGUUGGUUCACAUUGUCAAGAAGUCGUUCGAUGAAGUUCCGCCACGGCUUCAACGAUGGCUAUUCUUCAUGAUGCGAAGCCAGCUGACCGUCGCAAAUGGCAUUCUUCUUCUGGAAAGCCGAGUUGUUAUCCCAUCGGCUUUGCAACAGCCGGUUUUGAAGCUAGCUCAUGAGGGGCACCCAGGCAGCGCUACGUUCAAAGACACCCUUCGCCGUUCUGUUUGGUGGCCUCGUAUGUCACGGGAUGCUGAGCAGUUUGCAGCAGCAUGCGACAUUUGUUGGCGGAGCCGCACCAACCACAGCCAAGAGCUGCAGCCAACAGAGGUUGUUCCAGUGUGGCACAAGGUGGCAGUUGAUUUGGUGGAGAUCGAAGGCCGCCACCUGCUCUCGUUGGUCGACUACGGGUCUCGUUUCCCGGAGCUGAUUGUCCUGCCUGGAACCAAGUCCCAACAUGUCGUGAUGGCUUUGUCCACUAUCUUCGCCAGGUUUGGCAUUCCGCUCGAGCUCGUCAGUGACAAUGGCCCACAAUUUGUGUAA